GGUGAUGGAUUUGGAUAUGCUUCUAUGAAGAAAUGCCACGUGUCACUACUGAAACAAGAACAAACAUGUCCAGUAAGUUGCUGGGACUGCUGCCACCUUAAGGGAUAGGGCUGGAUGACAGCUCUUCCCAGGGAGUCAGGCGUGGUCUGACCCAGGAGCAGGAAACACAUCAUCACCAAUGACAUCAUGACAGCAAGAGAGCACAGCCCUCGCCAUGGCGCCAGGGCCCGUGCACUGCAGCGGGCUUCCACCAUUGAUGUGGCAGCUGACAUGCUUGGCCUCUCUCUGGCAGGAAAUCUGCAAGAUCCAGAUGAACCCAUUUUAGAGUUCAGCUUAGCUUGUAGUGAGCUGCAUACGCCAUCGCUAGAUCGGAAACCAAAUAGUUUUGUAGCAGUGAGUGUGACCACCCCGCCGCAGGCAUUCUGGACGAAGCACGCACAGACGGAGAUCAUCGAGGGAACCAACAACCCUAUAUUCUUAAGCAGCAUUGCCUUCUUCCAAGACUCUCUCAUCAAUCAGAUGACACAGAUCAAACUCUCCGUGUACGACGUCAAAGACAGAUCUCAGGGAACAAUGUACCUACUGGGCUCUGGGACAUUCAUUGUCAAGGAUCUGCUCCAGGACAGGCAUCAUCGGUUGCAUUUAACACUAAGGUCUGCAGAGAGUGACCGUGUGGGUAACAUCACGGUGAUCGGCUGGCAGAUGGAGGAGAAGUCAGACCAGCGGCCUCCAGUGACCCGAGCUGUGGACACCAUCAACGGGAGGAUGGUCCUGCCCGUGGACGAGAGCUUGACCGAAGCGUUGGGAAUCCGAUCCAAAUAUGCUUCGUUGCGUAAAGACACUUUGCUGAAAUCGGUGUUCGGUGGUGCCAUCUGCCGCAUGUAUCGCUUCCCCACCACCGAUGGCAACCACCUGCGGAUCCUGGAGCAGAUGGCGGAGAGCGUGCUCUCCCUGCACGUGCCCCGGCAGUUCGUGAAGCUGCUGCUGGAAGAAGAUGCUGCCAGAGUGUGUGAACUGGAGGAGCUGGGGGAGCUGUCCCCGUGCUGGGAGAGCCUCCGGCGCCAGAUUGUCACUCAGUACCAGACCAUCAUCCUCACGUACCAGGAGAACCUGACCGACCUGCAUCAGUACAAAGGUCCCUCGUUUAAAGCGAGCAGUUUGAAAGCAGAUAAAAAGUUGGAAUUUGUUCCCACAAACUUGCACAUACAAAGAAUGAGGGUUCAGGACGAUGGAGGAUCAGAUCAGAGCUAUGACAUCGUCACCAUUGGGGCGCCAGCCGCACACUGCCAAGGUUUUAAGUCAGGAGGCCUCCGCAAAAAGCUGCACAAAUUUGAAGAGACCAAGAAACACAGUUUUGAGGAGUGUUGUACGUCAUCCAGCUGCCAGUCCAUCAUCUACAUACCACAGGAUGUCACCAGAGCCAAGGAGAUCAUCGCCCAGAUCAAUACCCUGAAAACCCAAGUGAGUUACUACGCAGAGCGGCUCUCGAGGGCGGCCAAGGACAGGUCUGCCACUGGCCUCGAAAGGACACUCGCCAUCUUGGCAGACAAGACCCGGCAACUGGUCACCGUCUGCGACUGCAAGCUGCUGGCCAACUCCAUCCAUGGGCUGAACGCGGCGCGGCCCGACUAUAUUGCUUCCAAGGCCUCCCCCACCUCGACCGAGGAGGAGCAGGUGAUGCUUAGGAAUGACCAGGACACCCUCAGGGCCAGGUGGACGGGCAGGAACAGCCGGUCUUCUCUGCAGGUGGAUUGGCACGAGGAGGAGUGGGAGAAAGUGUGGCUGAACGUUGACAAGAGCCUGGAGUGCAUCAUCCAGAGGGUGGACAAGCUGCUGCAGAAGGAGCGCCUGCUCGGUGAGGGCUGUGAGGACGGCUUCCCCUGCUCAGGCAGCGGCACCAGCAAGAAAGGUAACCGGAACAGCCACGCCUACUGGAUCAGACCGGAGGACCCCUUCUGUGAUGCCCCCUCCUCACCACGCCCCGCCUCCAUGCCCGCUGCUGCAUGCCAUCCUCACCUGACCACACAUUGCAGCCCCCCUCCUGAAGAAUCCAGCCCAGGUGAAUGGAGUGAGGCCCUUUACCCGCUGCUGACCACACUCACAGACUGUGUGGCCAUGAUGAGCGACAAAGCCAAGAAGGCCAUGGUCUUCCUGCUCAUGCAGGACAGCGCGCCCACCAUCGCCGCCUACCUGAGCCUGCAGCACCGCCGCGACGCCGUCUUCUGCCAAACCCUGACUGCUCUCAUCUGCGGCUUCAUCAUCAAGCUGAGGAACUGCCUGCACGACGACGGCUUCCUGCGGCAGCUCUACACCAUCGGGCUGCUCGCCCAGUUUGAGAGCCUGCUGAGCACCUACGGUGAGGAGCUGGCCAUGCUGGAGGACAUGAGCCUUGGAAUCAUGGACUUGAGGAACGUGACCUUCAAAGUUACGCAGGCCACUUCCAACACAUCAACUGACAUGCUGCCUGUCAUCACAGGAAAUCGGGACGGGUUUAACGUGCGGAUCCCUCUGCCGGGCCCCCUGUUUGACACCCUGCCCCGGGAGAUCCAGAGCGGCAUGCUGCUUCGGGUGCAGCCCGUCCUCUUCAACGUGGGCAUCAACGAGCAGCAGACGCUGGCCGAGAGGUUUGGCGACACGUCGUUACAAGAAGUUAUCAACAUGGAGAGUUUGGUACGGCUAAAUUCCUACUUCGAGCAGUUUAAGGAAGUGUUGCCUGAGGAUUGCUUGCCUCGCUCUCGGAGCCAGACGUGCUUGCCGGAGCUGCUGCGGUUCCUGGGCCAGAACGUCCAUGCCAGGAAGAACAAGAACGUGGACAUCCUCUGGCAAGCUGCUGAGAUCUGCCGCCGUCUUAACGGGGUCCGGUUCACCAGCUGCAAGAGCGCCAAGGACCGCACAGCCAUGUCGGUGACGCUGGAGCAGUGCCUGAUCCUGCAGCACGAGCACGGCAUGGCCCCGCAGGUCUUCACCCAGGCCCUGGAGUGCAUGCGCAGUGAGGGUUGUCGAAGAGAAAAUACAAUGAAGAAUGUUGGAAGUCGCAAAUAUGCAUUUAAUUCCCUGCAGCUGAAGGCUUUCCCCAAGCAUUACAGGCCUCCCGAAGGGACUUACGGCAAGGUUGAAACUUGAACACACGGUGUCCUCUCUAGCUGUCAUAUAACAAAUGUGGGGACCCUCUAGUGUCACACACGAGUUCUUCACCAAGACCUGAAGGACUGGUUUUUACUUUUGUGUUUUUUAAAAAAUAUUUCACUAAGGAGUCUAUGAAGCAUGUUUUUUAUUCGAUUGGAAUUAGUAGGAGGUAAUGUUGGCUCAAUAGUGUGGAUAGUAACAACUGCCCAUUUAAACCGCCUGCAGCCAGAACCUCAGAUAGAUGUCAUGAUAGUCACCUGUAGGUCUGAGAUGCUAAGACUUUUUAAAUGCCCACUUAGGCAGCUGCUCACUUAUUUUUCUACUAAGUAACUCAAAACUGAGCAUCGAAUUACAAUCUACUUCUAAAAAAUCUGAAUGUAAAACAGUAAAUAGUAAACAGUUGGAUCCUGGACAGACCAAUAAGUGUUUUAUGUUAAUUCAAGUUUUGGGGAGAGGCUAGCUCUGGCUCAGGCAGUGAAAGCAGGUGGUUCUACUGAAUUAUCCUGUGAGGGCACAGGCAGGGCCAGAGCGCAGGCUGAGAAACAGCCCAGACAGACUUUAUGGGUAGGUAACCCCUGCAGAGCCACUCACACAGUGGGGGCCACUCUGUUCCUUUGAGUUCUGGAACGGUGAGUGCUGGGGAACAGGAAGCCUGCUGCCUGCCUGUCCUCUCAACCUACACCCUGGCCCCACCCUGCCCGUGUGCAGGCCCCCUUCCCGGGCGCUCCAGGACCUCUUGGCAGUGGGGAUUUAUGUGUAGACAGUGGAAGCCUAAAUCUUUCCAGAACAGACUUCCUUUUGUGGAUUUCCCAAUUGUCUUCUAAAAAUCAAUACAAUCAUGUUUGAAGGUCUGAUGAAAGUGUCUUUUAAGUUUGCAAUAAUUGUUACUAUCUUCUCAUUCUGUUAUGUAACGUGACUAUUGAGAAAGUUGAAAUUAGCUCUGAAAAUGAGAUGUUGAAAGGGAUUAAUGGGCCAUAAAACAGGGAUUUCAUAGAAAAUGAUGUCUGGUCAUCUAUUAUAAGAUGAUGAGUCUUAUCUGCACAUAGCAGAGUUUUUUCCUCAGUUUAUAUGUUUUAUCAAUUGUUUAUUGUGAUGAUUAUGUUCAUAUGUUAUUUAAAAGGCUGUAAAAGAAAUAUAUGUGGCACAUUGAAGAUGUUGAUCCUAAUGAUUGGUGCAUCCUUAGGAAAUCCCUGUGUCUAAGAUUCUGGGAACUAUUCUUCAGGCUCCUUUAGAAAUGCCACUUGGAAACAUGUAACAAACUUGGGCCUGGGGAGCUGAGGCACAGGCAAGACUGCCCAUGGCAGGACACAGGGGUGAACAGCAGGGAGGGUGCCACUCGAUGGCCUUCCAGAUCCCUGCCCACGCGGAAGCCAGUGCGCAGGCAGCGCUUGCCGUCUCCUGAGGCCCACGGAGGGGACGUUCCCACGGGUUGCAUGGGGCCUGGUGUGGAGGACGCGUCCAUGAGGGACGGCUGCAGCUCAUGUCGCUGUCAGAGAAACCCGCGUCCACCACGCCCCCUGCAGAGGGGGCCCAUCCCCUCUGGGCCCAUCCCUGUUGUUUCCAAUAUGGCUGACUCAGCCUUUCACCUCCCACCACUUCACCCAUUUUGUAAUUUUUCUAGUAUCUUUUAUAUUUUCAUCUUUUUUUAUUUUAUCAUCACUACCUUUUAAAAUAUUCCCUUGUCUUCUUAAAUGCCACCCAUAUUUUUGUUGUUAUUGUUUGAAGAGCAUUAAAUACCUGCAUUUAUCAAAAGGGAACAUAGCAAAUGUUGAGUCAACUGUUAGCAGUUUUGCAUGGGGCACCUUUUUUGUGAAUUAUUUUCCAAUUUUGGCUUCAUAUUAUGCACAUCAUAAAACUCUAAGACUUGGCUAAUCACGUAGGAAACGCUCAGGCUCCAGAAUCCCAUCUGAGCCCUGCGGCUCCCGUGCGGCCAGCCUCCCAGGGCUCCCGCCGCACACUUACCAGGCUCGCUCGCUGAGCAAGGCCAGUUGUGGUGGUGCUGGCAGCGCCUGGGACGUGAAGGAGCUUGGAGUGCCCAGGUGCACAGGAAGGCAGUCUUCCCGGCACCACAACGUAGAGGUCCCGCCCAGUGUGCCUUCUCGGCCACUGAACGAGCACGGAGGCCUGAAGACCGGGCGCUGUGGGUGUCGGCGCACCUCAGCAGCUGCCUUUGGUUCCCUCUGAAACACACAAGUACCGUGCAGUAGUUUCGUCCUGCAGUUGUAUUUGCCAAGCUUCGUGCACGGAAGUACCUUUAUUUAUUUGUUUUGGCCAGUAUUACUAUAUAUGAACAUGUACUGUUUUAUAUAUUCUUAGCUCAUUCAAAGCCAUGUAUGCUAUAAAUGUGCUAGUCUUUAGAAGGAUAAUAAAUAACUGACGAGAACAUUAAA